CUUGAAUCUCGCCACAUAAUUCGACGAUGAGUACCAGCGAGCACGACGGACUGACCGCGGACAAGAUGGCGGCGUCUCGUUCGACGUAUGGAUCGGACGAAGAAAAUAGCCGCUCCAUGCAGCACAUGAAGCCGUGGGAGUUUCCUGGAUGGGGGCAAGUUUCGAACGUGACGAUCCCCGACGACAAGUUGGCCGAGAUCAACGCGACGCUCAAAUCUCGCGAACACCCCAAGCUGGCGGAAUGGCCGGCCACGGCGAUCUGUGGCAACGACAUUCUUUCGUCAUGUCUGUACGUGUCGGGGUUGGUGGCGUCCAAGGCGGGCAAGUUGGCGCCCGUGUCACUCGCCCUCGUCGCGGGUAUCUUGUACCUGUACCGCUUCAUCUACGGCGAAGUGGUGAAUGCGAUCCCCAUGAACGGCGGGUCCUACAAUGUGCUUCUCAACACAACGUCCAAGCGCGUCGCAUCCGUGGCGGCCUCGCUCGCGAUCCUGUCGUACAUUGCCACGGGGGUCGUGUCGGGCACAUCUGCAUGCACGUACCUGGCGUCGACGUUCCCGGGCAUCCCUAUCGUAGGCUCGACUGUCGGGUUGCUCUUCUUCUUCGCCGCGCUGACGUGCUUUGGCAUCUCCGAGAGCGCUGUGGUCGCGCUCGGCAUCUUCGUUCUGCACACGCUCACACUGGUCACUCUCUGCGGCCUCUCGGUGUGGUUCAUCUUCCAAAACCGCGGCCAGCAGCUCUACGCCAACUUGUUCGAGACCGAGUACCCGCCCAUCAACCUCGCGGGCAACUGGAUUGACGGCGACGUGUUCACGGCGCUGUUCUUCGGCACGUCCACGGCCAUGUUGGGCAUCUCUGGCUUUGAAUCGUCGUCCCAGUUUGUCCAAGAGCAAGCGCCGGGUGUGUUUCCCAAAACCCUCCGGAAUAUGUGGUGGGGCGUGGCCGUGUUUAAUCCGUUGCUUUCAUUCUUGUCGUUGGGAGUGAUGCCUCUGUCGACAAUCAACAUGUUCAAGAACACAGUGCUGUCCAAAAUGGCGCUGGUCGUCGGCGGCCACACGUUCGAAACGCUCGUGACCCUCGAUGCGUUUAUUGUGCUCAGUGGCGCCGUGCUCACGGCAUACGUUGGCAUCAACGGGUUGAUCCGGCGACUGGCCAGCGACCGCGUGGUGCCGCCGUUCCUCUUGCACGAGAACACGUGGCGCGGCACCAACCACUGGAUCCUCUGGGGGUACUUUGCAGUCGCCACGUCCCUCGUGCUCGUGCUCAGGGGCGACGUCGAGACCCUCAGCGGCGUCUACACGUACGCGUUUCUCGGCCUCAUGACGCUGUUUGGGUCAGGAUGCAUGCUGCUCAAGUAUAAGCGAGCGGCGCUGCCUCGGGAUGUGAUUGCGCCAUGGUCGGCGUGCUUGACGGGGGUGUCGCUCGUGAUCGUAGCGUUCUUUGGGAAUCUCAUGGGCGACCCCACCGUGUUGACGUACUUUGCGCUCUAUUUUUCGCUGGUUCUGGCCGUGGUAUUUGUCAUGCUGGAGCGGCUCUUCCUCCUCAGACUGGUCAUGUACGCGCUGCAGCGGAUGUGUCCGUCCCGGCGAUCCAAAGCUGGCGAAUCUGCCACCACUCAGGACAAGGGCACAGGCGCCAUGGGAGGUCGUACGAUUGUGCGGGCGAUGCGUGAGAUUGCCGACACAAGUCCGACGGUGUUUUUCGCCAAGCAUUGCGACUUGCCGCUGCUGAACAAGGCGAUUUUGUAUGCCCGGGCGAAUGAGCACACGAGCCACUUGCUCGUAGUGCACGUGUCGACGGAAUCGGGGGUUCAAGCGAUGGCGGACGAAGAGGACGGAAAGAAUAUCGAGACUUUGGCCGAGAGCGUGGCUAUUCUGGAUCGAAUCUACCCCAAGCUCAAGAUUGACUUUGUGCAUGUGGCUAUGCACUCUGGCGAGUUUGGCCCCGCGGCCAUCGAGUGGGUGUCGUCUGCAUAUGGCAUUCCCAAGAACAUGAUGUUCAUGAAACAGCCGAGUGCGUCGUUCCCGCACUCGAUCGCGACUUUGGGCGGAGUACGCAUCGUCACGGGGUAAAAUUACACCCUACCGACCGUGUUAGUUGGAUAUAUAUAUACUAACUAGUCGACUCGUGACAUAGUAAUCGAGUGAAACGAUUGGGUCUUGUGAGUGUGUGGUGGAGUGUCGAAACAAACAGUCACGCUACUAUUAAUAUUGUAUUAAUAGUACAAC